AUGCAACUGCUCCAACGCCGUCGCAACAUGGGAAAGGCACUCGCCAACCCCGAUCAUGCGCCGCUCCCAGCGGAGAAUGUGCGUCGGGCGGAAGCGGAGGAGAGUGGGAACGAGGGGGAGGGAAUCGGGCAACAGGGAGCGGGGCGAGCGGAACCAGAGGAUGCUGCCGCUGGGGAAGAUCACCCGGUGGACCUGCAGACGGGGGGGACGGCGGACAGACAGGAAGCACGAGAGGUGCCCCGUCCGCAGCCGGCGGCGGCGGGGGAGCCGGAGGAGGAGGCGCACGCGUUAUCAGGGGAGAGUGGGUUGCUGGCGGGGCGGGAAGAGGAGGAGGAGCUGAGGGCGCCGAUGGCGACGACUCCGCAGGCACAGACGACAGCUGCUGGGACGACUGGAGAGACGCUGACGGAAGGCGUGGCGACGUUGGCCCCAAGAGAUGGUGACCGCGCGUCUGAAGCAGAGGCCCGACGAUCUCACGCUGAACAGCGGGAGGAUGUCGGGGAGGACGGCGACGGCGGAAGGAGCCGCCACGAGCCCGGAGAUGCGGAUGGGUCCGCCCGCGGGGAGAGCGAUAUACUGCCUCGCGACGUCGGGGGGGGAGCCGGCCUCCUCGUGUGCGACCAGGGCAGCGGCGGCUCGGAGCAGGGCUGGCGCCAGCUCGCCCCGGGCCUGUGA